UUACGAAAUAGAUUGUUAACUGUAGCGUUUAUAAUGGAUAUAAAUACUGUGGAAGAUGAAGAUGUAUCUUUUCAUUUGGGAGAAAUGUUUGAUAGUUAUGAAGAAUUGGAACAUAAAUUGGAGAAAUUUUCAAAGCGUAGUCUAGUCCACUACUGGAGAAGAGAUAGCAGGACAGUUAGCGGAGCUCAUAUGAAAACUGCUCGUCCAAUUAGCGAGCGCUUAAAGUAUUAUUCAGUUAAAUAUGCUUGUAUUUAUGGUGGUCAGAAGUUUCUACCUCGUGGAGCUGGCAGGAGACAGUCUCAAUCGAUAAGAACAAAUUGUCCUGCUCAUAUUAUGUUAAGAGCAUCAAAAGAUGGUACAAAGUUAGAAGUAACUAGUGUCAAUAAUGAACAUAAUCAUGAAAUCUCAGAGGAAUUGUUUAAGAAUCUUCCACAAGAGAGGAAAUUAUGUGGUGAAAUUAAACAGGAAGUACAAGAUCUCAUGCAAUUACAUAUUGAUCGUAAGAGAUUGAAAGAAUAUGUAAGAUUACGAACAAAUAAAAUACUUAGAUCCAAAGAUUUAUUUAAUAUAGCAGCAGCUAACAAACAAAAGAGAAAUAUAACACCUGAGAGAGCAUAUCAAUUGUUUAAAAAAAUCCAUGAUAUAGAGAAAGUACAAGGCAGAAAUAAUGAUAGGAAAAUGUAUUCUGAAUCUGAAGAUGAAAUUGCUCAGACAAUAAAAAGGAUGAAAAAGGAACAGGAAUCUCCUUGGGGCCAAGAUGGACUACCAACUGAAUUAGAAGUAAGCGAAGGAAAUGAUGGUGAUGAUUCUUACAAUGGUCAAUUAACUCAAGAAGAAGUAGUAGAUGAAAUUGAUACAGCAGAAGGCGAAUUAUUGAGAACAAAUAAUGAUGGGGAUAUUAUAGCAGCAAAUGGUGAAAUUGUAGGAGAAUUAGUAAUGCAAGAUGGAGAUCCAUCUGUAAUUGUUGAGUCCAUCGUAAAUGCUGAUGGUUCUGUUUUUGUAGAUGAGAGAGAAUUUAAUACCUAUUGUAACAAUCAUAUAUCAGAUACUGUAGAUGGUAAUCAAUCUCCUAGCACUAGAGUUUUAGACAUUGAAACGAUUACACCUACUACUGAUAUGGAAAAAAUUAAAGGAACAUCUAACUCUCCUAAACAACAAACUAGGUCUCUUACACCUCAAUCACAACAACCAGCAAAAUCACCAUCGAAUACUUUUGAUGAGACAGCAGAUUCAAGAAUAUGGAUCAUGAAAGAAGCUACAAAUAAUGAGGCAGAACCAGAUAGUGGACCUGAGAGUGAAAUAAAUGGUUCUAAGUCAGCAACAACUGUAAAAGCAGAUACUGAUACACCUGAAGUAAUAUUGUCAGAUGAAGCCAGUCAUCAACUACUUCAGGAACAGCUGGCAGUACUUCGUGCAGAGAAAGGGAAGCUAUAUCAUGAAACUGAAAUGUUAAAACUUAAAAAGGACAAAUUAAAGUUACAGAUGAACUGUUAUUCAAAUGAAAUACGAAAACAAGAAAUGGAAAAAGAAAAGUUAAGGCUCGAAAUUAAAUUGCUACAGUCAAAAGUUAUGGAAGAUUCCAAUGAUGUUUCACAUUAUAUUUUUGUACCUUGA